UUCGCCGUGUCCGUCAGUUCCAUUCUUAUCGCGGUCCGAGUCGAGUCGUGGCGUAAGCUGAUCCUCCCACAAGUGCGUUCCCCGUUCGGUGGUGGAAUAAAACGGAAGGAGUGGCAGCAAGGUGUGCGUGUGUGUGUGGAUGUGGUUUUAGUGGUGCUUUUAGAAAUAUGAAUGGUCCGAAGUGACGGCGGUGGCUUUGUUUGAAUGAACAUGCGGUGCCGUGUGGGGUGGCGAUAGUGCGCGGAAGGGGUGAUUCGUGGGUGGUGAAAAUUUUACCACCUAGUCCGUAGUUUGCUGGACGAUGCUCAAGGAUUGGUAGUGGGCUGCUGCUGCUGCUGCUGGAAUUGCAAAAAGCCUACCACUGGCCUCGCUGUUGGUGCAGAAAAGAAAAGGCAGGUUAUUACUGGUGUCUCUUUCUGGCAUGCAGAGGAAUGUGAGUUUGGUGGGUAGAAAAUUGCUCCUGCACAUUGAGUGAACCGCACAAAGUUGCAGAGGAGGAAAAAAGUUGCCUUCCCGGUGGUGCGCGGGUGUGCCUGUGUGAGUGAAGUGUUCUCGGAAAUAUAACGAAGAAAACAGCUUGUUACUGCGAAUUUUAGAGGAAAACUAGCCUGCCGACGGAAGGAUAGUGAAUUGCGUGUAGCUGAUUGUAAGCGAUUUCGGUGAUUGAUGGGUGUAAUUGUGGCGGUUGCCGGUGGAAAAACUCCAGAAGGCAGUGAAUGCUAAUAAAAAACCAAUUGAUGUUAUUGCUGGUCAUAACAAUAAAUAUUUACGGUCGACUGUUUGAACAGAUGACCAGCAGGUGAACACGAAUUGUGCAAAACGGUGCCUACAUAGAAAAAGUGGCACUUGAAGUGAAUCGGUUAUCCAGAAAAUCGUAAAUCAUCCUCCUGUUGCUUGCAGUUACUACUUAUAACAAAACACAAAGCUCACCCUCUAGUGAUAGAAGCAGACCCGAAACGAUAAACCGUCGUCACCGGGUCGUUCGGAAUUGUUCAGUACCAAGUGAAAGAACGGAGCAAAACCAGCUGCUGGUGGGUGGUGAAAAAGAAGGGAAAAUCGAUUCCUAUAGUUCUCUAUACCGAAACAGUGAGCAGUUCGGGUGAAAGCAAACUGACUGCCUAGUCGGUGCUCUGUGAGUGUUUUUGAUUGGCAUUGAAUGGGAAAGUGUGUGUCUGUGUGUGUUGGAAAAAAUAGGCAAAAUCCAAUACAAAGGAUAAGUGAUUUCCUACAAGUGUGUAACUAACCGAGAAUCAGGCAGCGUUCCGACUGUACGAGAAUCGAAUGCUGCUUUUUGUUGCUGUUGUGGGCCAGUUGUGACCUUGUGUGAAGAUUUGUGCAAAAGUGCAUCAGAAAGGAGGGAAACAAGAUCCGGAGGGGGUCGCAAAAAGGAUCCUAAAGCCGGCAAGUUGAAAUAGUGCAGAGUCCAUUAUCGGUAGAACGUUGUCAUACACACGACCGGGUUCCCCCGUUUUAUUCGACCAAAUGUAGUGUGCAGCAAGUGCAGCAGGAAAAAAAGGAGUAAGGCCAAGAGCUUCCUGAGUAAGAAAUUUUCAUAAAAUAUACAAAGUGUUGAGUGCCAACGCAGCAGGAAAAAGUGACAGCUGGGGCAAAAAGCAGAAGUUUCUAAGUGCAUGCGAAAGAAGGUUGUCGUGUGACAAGAAGAUUUACCGGAUCAAAUAACUUGUUAAGCUUGCUGGGUAACGUGAUCCGACGACGAGCCGGUUCUGCCCGGGAAGAAAGGAAAAAAAACAGUUGAAGGAUUAUAGUAAGCUAUUUGCUGGACAGAAGCAGUUCUUUCUUUCGACGGUGCUCAACGAUGACUGGCCGCUAGUUUAAUCCGGUGACAUAAACUCGGAGAAAAUGCAACUGAAUGGCACGGCAACGAUGGCUGCCGCCACGGAGCCUCCCGAGCCUCCUCCACGGAAUCCGGACAAGAUAAACGCAUCGCUGAAACAACUGGCGGAUGCGAAAACCCGCUCACUGGACACCACAGAUAAGGGAGCCGGCGUUAGACCCUUCCGACCCAUCCUUUCGCUGGACAACGCUAAACCAAUAUCGAAACCAUUCGAAUCAACCGGAACACCCACGUCAGCGCCGGCCUCGUCAUUCAUGCACAGCAGCAGUAACAACAGCAACAACAAUGGCAGCAGCAGUGACUCUAACAUUGCCGCAGGUGGAGCUUCAAGCUCGACCACCAACACGACCAGCAGUAGUAGCACUAAUCAUGAAAAUGGAGCCACGAGAACACCAUCCAACGAUAGCGGCAGCGGUGGCGGUGGUGGCGGCGGCGGCGGUAGCAGUGAACUGACUCGCGUUGGUUCCUCCGGAAGUGGUGGUAGUCCUCCUGGUGGGGACGGCGGUACGGGUGGUCAUAUUAGCACCAAAUUGAACUCCGGUCAGCAGCAGCAAAUUUCGCCUACACAGAGUGACCGAAGCAGUACCGGCGAUAAUCUGGUGGGAGAUAACCUGUUUAAGAACGGGGUUUUGGAUUUAGAAUCUCCCCAAACAACCAAAAUUCGAUUGGAAAAUGAACGCCUAACGGCGGAAAUCACUCGACUGAAAAAGUUACUGGCAAACUCCCCGGAUGGAGCCGUUGGUGGAAUUGAUCUGUUGUCGGACAGUAACAGUUUCGAUGCUCACUCGACCGAUGACAGUAGUGGUCGAUUGGAAAAACUUGAAAACGAACUACGGAUAUCGAAGGAAUUGAUUCAGAGUCUCAAACUUGAACGCAAGAAGCUUCGUUCGGACAAAAAUGAUCUGUUGGUGCAGGUUAAACAACUUUGCGCUUCACUGCAGGAUAAGGAACAGGAACUAAGAAACUUUAUACGUAACUUCGAGCAACGAAUACGGGAAUCGGAGAGUUCUAGUGCGAAGCAGAACUCGGAACGCGAGCGAGAACGAUGGUCUCUGCUGAAGCAUGCACGCGACGAAGCGGAACGAUCGAUCGCUCUAGCAGCCCAGUUGAAUGCUAGGGAUAUCCAGCUACAGCGAACCCAAGAUCAGCUACAGGAAGCACGUCGACAGCUGUCCGGUUGUAUGUCGGACCAGGAAAGUUUGGUAUCGGCAGCCCCGCUAACUCCACCGUCAGGUUUAAUGACUCAUACUCAAACUACUGCCGGGGGAUAUUCGAAUAUCAGCGGAACACCGGGUGAUCGCGGUUCGUGCAGUGCUGAUUCCGGUGUCAGAGAACUAAUUGCAGGAAGCAGCGAUCGGGAGAGUGCGGCUGGCGAUCUGAACUUGAGCGACGGUCCCUGCGAGAACGGACCCUGCAUACAGGUAGACUCGGAUAGUGUAUCGCUGGUGUCUAGUCAUCACAAUAUGUAUCAAUAUGGAACACCAAAAGAGCGUAGUCCAACGCUGUCUCCAUUGAAUGCUGGAGCCUAUUCGCGAUCUGUCGACAACGCUGCGCUGGCGAAUUCCUUCCGCUCGGUGGAACAGCUGGGAUCACCGGUCGAGAACGAGAAUCAGACUUUUUCCAGAAGACUGCAACAACAGGCACAAUCUCAAUCAUCACAAUCAUCAUCAUCAAAGACUGGAGGUGGUGCCACCGGGGGCGUAAGCCUAACGGGCCGUUCUGGCCGUGGUGGCACCUGGGGAAGUAUAUCGCGAGUGUUUGCCCGGAGUAGGAAUCGCAACAAGAGCAACACGGUAGCGGAAACGGAAGCCGUCGACUUCCAGUGGAGUCCACUGACGGAGGAAGGUUAUGCGGAGAAGUUACGCCUACUGCGGGAAGCUUCCUCGAUGCCGAUGGAACGCUGGAGAGCUUCCCAGGUGCUGGCUUGGCUGGAGGUUGCCCUAGGAAUGCCUCAAUAUAGUUCACGCUGUGCCGAGAACGUCAAAAGUGGCAAGGUACUGCUGGAACUGAGUGAUGCCGAGCUGGAAAGUGGACUCGGGACUAGUCAUCCUAUGCAUAGGAAGAAGUUGCGGUUAGCGAUUGAGGAGCAGCGGCGACCGGAACUGGUUAGAUAUCCUACUAUUGGGCAGCUGGGUCAUACGUGGGUAGCAUCGGAAUGGCUUCCAGAUAUUGGUCUUCCACAGUAUGGGGAAUCCUUUAUGCAUUCGCUGGUAGAUGCUAGAAUGUUGGAUACGCUAUCGAAGAAAGAACUGGAGAAGUAUCUUGGAGUGACGAGAAAGUUCCACCAGGCAAGCAUUGUUCAUGGUAUUCACGUGCUCCGGAUAAUGAAGUACGACCGGCAGGCGCUGGCGAUGAGACGACUACAAUCCGAAAAUGUUGACACGGAUCCAAUCGUGUGGACAAACCAACGGUUUGUGCGCUGGGCUCGGUCAAUAGACCUUGGGGAGUACGCUGACAACCUUAAAGACAGUGGAGUUCAUGGUGGCCUGGUUGUGCUUGAACCAUCAUUUUCCGGUGAUACGAUGGCCACGGCUCUUGGAAUUCCCCCAUCAAAGAAUAUUAUCCGACGUCAUCUAGCAACAGAGUUCGAAACUCUCAUCCUUCCCGCCAGGGCCACACUGGGCCAGGGGAUCCGAACCGGCGGCGGACAGGUGGUGCCGAUUGCCAGCGGAAUCGGAAUGAUGCCCGUGCCCGGAGAUCGUCGCAAUACCGGCAGCUUGAGGUUUUCCGCAUGGAAAGGAUCACAGGGAUCCCUCACGAAAGCAUUCCGGAUAAGCUCCAGCUACAAACCGCGGACUGGCACAGGCAGUGGCAGUAACGGUGGUGGGUCAGAUAAAAACAGCGUCUACAGUUCCACCUCUCCGACUCCCUCGUUCAGCAGCAGCGAAGGUGGCAUCUAUGCAACGGUGGGAGCACUCCACCACAUGCACUUCCUACCCCCGCCGACCACAGCACCCCCGCCCGUUCCAGCCAUCUAUUCCAGCGGUGGUGGCCACCACCACCAACACAACAGCAGCCCACUUGCCGCGGCAGAGCAACGAGCCAACCAUCGGGUCAGUGCACCACCGAUGGAUCACGCCGGCUCAUCCGCUGCUUCCUCGUCCUCCUCGAUGGCCACACUGCCCAAGUACGCACAGCACCGGCGGGUAAAGAGCAUCAGUGAUAUCGAGGUCGCUUCCGCUGCCGCGUCCAGCUAAAAGGUCCCGUGUCCGGAAUGCCAAUAGCAGCCCCCGGUCGGACGGGAUGAUCUGAUGGCGGAACUGUGGAACGGUGGAACAAUAUAUUUCUGCCGCGGAGCAGAUUGCCGCUGUCCAGUUGAAUGCCUAUCGGUGAAGGGCCGCGUCAACGGGGCUCAGAUGGAUAGUAGUAUGAGUGUAGGUGUAUGAUGUUAGGCUGCGUGUCUGGAUGACUGGAUGAACGUAAUUCGACAAUGACUGUCUAACAAUAUGUUUAACAUGAUGCUUCUAGAAUGACAAGUAUGGGAAGCUCACAGACAAACUGAUUAAUUCAAUUCCAGGAUAAUAUUUAGUGCAAAAACUUAUUUAACCCUCAUAAUUGUAAAAUUCCACUAAAUCGCUCAGAAAGUUUUGUUCUAAAAAUUGUACAGAACCAUAUUUUUUCAAAUUGACAUAAGGCCGCGAUGAAGCCUAAAAAAUAACAUCGCCAUCAGGGUGGUCUGAAAAUCAGACGGAACACAGGAGGCUCUUGACACUAACUCACAUUGUUCAACCUGAAAUUCAUUCAGUUAUCUGUAAUGUGAACAUUAGAGUAACAAGAAAAAAUGACAGAAACUGCUCCAAAUUUUAGCCAAAUAAGUCAAGUCUAGAAAUCAGAUAAAUCAGCGUGCUUUUGAUUGUUUCCACUAGAUGGCAUUCAAGAUACAACUAAUGAUUAAUACAUCGAAUUGAUAAAUCCUGCGACUAACAAUUUGAAUCAGUUAUUGAAAUUUGAAUGGAGCAGGGCCUGAACUAGUUUUGUAUGGAAGCACAUUGUCAUCGAUUAUCCAGGGCCUAAGAUUCUCAUAUCUAAUCAGUGAACGAUGACAUUCCACUUUCACUAACUUUUUACUCUUCCUUCGUUAGUAAAACUUAUACAAAACAAAACAAUAAAGACUAGUCCCCUUGUUGUUGUUGACCAUUUAUGGCUUAACCUUAUGGUCAGUCGCGUUUUAGUGUUUUGGUUACAUGUCAUUACUAAGAUUAAUGGGGGCUCGUUGAGCUUUCGCCGAACCUCUUUUUUGCUCGUGAGUGUUUUGCUGCUGUCUCGGAGCCUCACUUGAUCAAUGAAAUGGCUCGACCUUUGAGCCAUUCAGCUCUUCUCUUGCUUUUCGUUUCCAUCUAUUGCAUCGCCAUUUAGCCCUCGUUUUUGUCAACGGUUUAGUUGCUGAUUUCACGAACCAUGAGUCAUUCAAUCUCCAGGCUCAUUACAAUACAUUCGAAUAGUCCCCGGGGGCAAACUUACUCUUUCUCCGACUGAGAGUUCCCACGACGGAGGAAUAUCUCCAGACACCGAUACCCGCUUUUUAAGCCAUUUAGCUACCAACAUUAUCGAGAUCUACUCGUGUAUUAUCCGGCGCUGAAACUUCCCUACUCUGACUGAGAGUUCCCCGACGGCGGAAUUUCUCUCGGUCCCGAUGUCUGUUUCGUGAGCCAAUUAGCUCGCAGCUAAAUUAGAAUCCACCCUACUGUGUAUUCCUCAGUGGCGGAUUUAUGCGGAUCUUGAUUCUUGUUUUCGUGAGCCAUUUAGCUCCCCGCUUCGUCCCGAUCUACUCGAUCUAGUGCCCGGCGGUGUAUCUAGCCUACUCAUCGGGCAUGGCAGCAGGUACCGAUGUCAGUGAGCAAUUCCAGGAGGAGCGUAGCUUCCGGUUCACUGGCGCCCCUGGCUGUUCGACGCGGUCUACUCGAUCUUCUCACAGGCGGCGGAUCGAGCCUACUGACGAGCAAUCCGGCCUGGUGUCGAGGUCGAUCCGGCGAUUCCGGUAAAUUAUGGCGGUUCGCUGGUGCCCCAAUGACCCGAAACCGGUGCUGUGUCGCGUCCCGGGCGGUGGACCCAGUCUACUGCAACGGAGACUUCCACGGCGGCGAAAUUUUUCCUGAACCCGACUUGUUGUAUCAAGGCGGCCUUCUAGUCGGCGGCGCUGCUUUGCUGGUCCCUUCACCACUUCUCUCUGCAGCUCAGAGAGUAUACUCGUAACCACUCUGUUGACAGCGUCCCAGGUAUACUCGUCUUGGCACAUCUCUUCGACGAUCGACCUGUCGCACCAGGCAUACCCCUACGAACUUCUUCGAACCUAGGGCAUUCGAGGACCACGUGUUCUGGUGUCCCUUGCGCUUUCACGCACUCCGAGCAAAGGGGUGACGAAGCGUGUCCAAACCGAUGCAGGUACUUCCGGAAGCAUCCCUGCCCGGACAAAAACUGAUGAGUCCACUUUCCUUUCUCGGCGUUGUCCCCCACUUUUGCUGCCAUUUAUCCAACGAGUCCGCUCGGAGCAGUUAGCAUUCCACGUUCUCAGCCAGAGUGAUGCAGAUGGUAAUCUUCCCGACAAUCAUGCAUACCGCCUCCGACGAUAUCGUUCUGUACGCACGGCGCAGUAACGAUUACCCCUUCUCUUUUGUAUCAAGACUUUCUCCACGCUCGCGAUCAUUGCGCGGAUGGCAUCCUCCGUCGAGAUCCCUUUCCGGAAUCCUAACUGCCUCCGCGGUAGUCCGUUCUCACUUUCAGCAUAAUCCGUCAGCUUGUUGAGGAUAACCCUUUCCAGAACUUUACCAAGAGUAUCUAGCUAACUUAUAAGCCGAUACGAUGCUGAAUAUCCAGAUGGCUUCCCUGGUUUUGGCAGCAACAGCAGCUUCUGGAUCUUCCAUCUAUCCGGGAAGUAGCCUUCGUCUAGGCCUUUCUGUGGUACUAUGCUGAGCAUAUUCGGAAACGCUAGGAUCGCAGUCUUCAGUUUGGGUUACCGUCCAUUCCGGGAGUUUUCUUUGCUUUCAGCUCUUUUGCUACUAUAAGAAGCUCGACGUUGGAGAAUUCAGCAUUUCCAUCAUCUGCAUCAACGUACGGUGUAGGCGGCCAUGCGGUUUGGUCGAUCUUCGGGAAAACACCCUCCACGAUAACCUUCAGUUCGUCAGCGUACAUUUAAACUUUCGUCGUUGGACCCUCGAUCUUGGCCAUCACGACACGGUAGGCGUUACUCCCGGGGGUGUAGUGUCUACUUCUCUAUACAGCUUCUUAUAGCAGAUAGACUUACUAAGCACUAUCUCGCGUUUAAAAGCGGCCAUAGGCGCCUGGACAGUCACCUUACGCUCUUCUCUGACUGCCUCAGAUCUUGCUCGCAUAUUCUGGAUUUUAGGCAGACAGCACGAAGAAUGCUGAGCCUUUAGUUCCACCAAUACGCUGGACGCCUGUAGUUCCUUAGUUCCAUUUUCCUCGACAUUGUUACAUCGCAUGACCUCGUUACUGUUUCCCGAUAGCUCAUCGGCAUUCGGAAGUGGGGCUGUCAGCAAGAAGUCUUCUACAAAAAGGUCCUUGUCGACGUCCUUUAUUUUCCACUUCCGCUCUCCAGUUCUCACUAUCCGCGUUACAGUACAGUUCCGCCGACGAAUGAUGUAGUGGAUCGCUAUGUAUGUACUGCUCACUAACUCGCCAGCUCGUUUUAUCCAUCAGCGACGCACUGCAGAAUGUUUCAUCGAUGAUGUAUUCCCGACCGUCUUUACGGAAUGUGCUAGUGGAAUCUUCGUUGUUUAGCCUUACAUCUAACUUCACCAGGGAUUCCAACAAGCUGUAACCUCUUACGCUGGUCAGCCUGCUACUCCACUCCACGACCCAAGCGUUAAAAUCUGAUCGUAUAACGAGUCGCUUAGUGUAUCCAGCAUCCUUUUGUACUGCUUGGUAUCAACCGUGGGGGAACAUAGCCACUAUAUACUAAUACGCCGUUGAUCCUGGCGAUCACGAAGUCUUCGCAUGUGCCUGCCUUCGCCCUUUUGUAGUCUCGGCAUAAGAAGCGUCCAGUCAUGUGGUCUUGUCCGCCCUCCUUUGUGCAGACCAUACACUUCGGUUGCUUUGUGCAGUCUUUAGCAAUGUAUCCUUGUUCCCCACAAUUUUUUUUUCACAAAUCAGGUCUGUCGGAGCCGCCGAAAAUCAGGCACCUGAAACGGAGAGGUGUUUGUUUAGUGCUCUAGGGAUCAAUCGUAACGAGCACACCAACCAUUCAACUUUGAUCUUACCGGUCGACAUAAGCUGGUGGGCUGCGGCUAAUGGUAAGCGCUUCGCUACUGUCCUAAUACAUGCACUCGACCACCGCUUCUUGAACUAAAGCUCUCACGUACGCAUCUCCUUCCACCGCUGCUGCCACGAGUUCCCAAUUAGUCGAGCUCUUGAUCAAUGGAUCCUUCUUCAGCUCGAACAGCAUCUCACCUUUCUAAGUGCGCCUGGCUCUUACUACGUUCUCCCGCAACUCCUUCAACUUGGGAUCCUCUCUUGCCCUUUUGAGGAUCGUAGCGGUCGUCACGCUGUUGUUUUCUUUGACGACUAGAGCGUCUUCCUUAUACCUCAUCUGGCCUAGUCAAAUGUCCCCUUUGCCAUUUUUCUUCUUUUCAACCUAUUGCUACUGUUUUUCCUCCUUUCUUUUACGAUUUCUACAAUUCGCCACCCACUUUCCAUUUGUCGGUUGUUUUGCUAUCCUUCACCGACCUCCUUGGGCUUUUCCGAUUUCUCCUACUCUCCUGGUGUUUCGCCUUCUCCGCGGUCUUCAGUGUAUUUUCGGCCUUUUUAGCUCUCUCCAGUAACGCCAUCUGUUCGCGUUCUACGGCUGUUACGGUGGAUUUGAUGCUAAUCACUAGAUCCCUGAUCUGUCCGUGCACGUUGCCCUUGCGUUUCACGAACUCGUAGAGUUCUUCGAUUUUUUGCCUCAACUUCAACACUUUAGACAACCCAGGUUGCUGGUGUUCUUGUGUUAUGCUUGAUAUCAGCGUGCGUACCUUAAACCCUAGUUUUCCUUGGUGUCCCAUUGGUUUGUCACUACUCGUGCUCGGUAUGGCCUCCCUGGGCAGCUCUCUCUCUCGCUCUGCUCUAAAUGAGGUGCUGUUGCACUUGGUCGUUUUGCUGGGUCGGCGAACUCGCUAGCCCAUCCUUGGCAAACGGAUUCACCACACUUACUCUGUUAUAGUUUUUUUUUUAUAUUUUUGUUGUUUUUUGUCGCCUUUUAUGCUUCUUGGUUCCCAACUCCAAACCGCUAUCUAUGCCGUUAGUAAGUAGUUGCCUCUAUAUGAUCCCACGGUUACCUUUGCAAGCAGUGAGGUCGCAUGGGAGAUUCGACGCGGCCCUUCAUGGGAUACCGCGUUCAGAGCCGGAUCGGCGCUAGUCAGGAACACUCAACUGAGCCUACUUCCACGAGCCAAGAAGCCGUGUUCCGAACGUACAUUGAGUCAUACCAAAGUGUUACGGGACAGGGGGCAGCCAGUACCAUUAGCCCAAUCGCCGUUUCGGGGAAGUUACUAGGAUAGUGGAAUAACGUGGUUAUCGGUCAGCGGUUCAAUUUCAAUGAAAUCCUUAUUCACGUCCGUGUCCAGCCGCCUUAAUUAGGAUAUUACUGGCAUCGAUGCUGUUGGGCCGGUCGGCAGUCCGGUAGGGCUAGGGUGCUUUUAUUGCUAAGAUCUUUGGCAUUUGAUAGGAUCUAAGCAGAAGCGGCACAGACUCGCUUCGUCGGAGUUGCUAUUGGUGUUAUAACUUUUUUGGAGGUUUAGCAGACUCCAAUGCUGCCCAAACCACACCAUAUCCUAGCAAGACUCCCCAACUCGCAGUAGGUCCGGAGAGGUGAAUGGCCGUUAAGCAUCUGAACUCCUGCCCCUGCUGCCUCAGGGUGGUAUGGUAGAGGGCCAGUUGGUAGGUUGGGUGGAGGACGCUGGUUGAGAUUUGCUCUUCCCUUACAGGUUCGUCGGCCAGGAUGUCGCGGAUUGAGAGCAGUAUUUUUCUCGGAGGUCUUGGAGUUCAAAACAGUUGGAAAGAAUGUGUACAACUGUCUUCCGGGUCUGGCAGAUGGUGCCUAUGGGCGAUUGGGUGUUGGAAAUGGUGGGAGAUCUUGGUGUGCCCGGUCCGAAGUCUGGAUAGGACCCUUUUGUUCUCUCCAGUCUUCGCGGUCGUCCCAUUUUUCGAGGAGUCCUUUUAGCUUCUGAAGGUGUCCCUGUAAGGUCUGCCAGUGGUUGAUGAAGUUGUAGUUGAGGAUUUGGGUCGUGUCGGAUGUUGUCGGCGGCUGGCACUUUUUUUGUUAUGGUCCUCCUAGCUCCGUUGCUGUGGUUAUCCAGCAAAGGUGACGAAUGGGAUCGACGUUGAUUUCAGUGGCCUAGACAAAUGGGUUUCAGGAUUGGUCAGCUUCAAGCUCACCGAGUACCGAGAGGGAGUCGAUUAAGAUAACAGCUGCUGUGUUAUGUUGAGAUGGGAGGCGGAGGGAGUUGUGUAGAUGCGAGUUUUGUUGGUGAAACGCCUCUGAACGAAUCGGUUAUAUGCGGAUCGCGCGAUUUCGGGAACUUCUCCAGCCCAGAUGGUCCUAGAUAAUGUUGUGUUAAGUUGGGAGGAUUUCCGCGUUCCAGAGGCGUGGGCAAAUUCUGUGGAGGCGUGUGAGUGGUGGUAGCUAGGAGCUAUUUCAUUCUUGAUAUAUUGCUUUGGCUGUUUCAUUGGUUACGGACUCGUUAUUUCCGGAUGUUCUUUCUACAAUGGGUAUUGCUAGUCGGAAGGAUACCAGGGCAAUAUACCAGCUUCUACUCAUGCACUUUAUGCAAGUGUGCUGGGUAGUAGUUUGGAAGCCGUCAGAAUGGGUCCGUUGCAUAGAGGUUCUAGGAUGUGGUUCUGUCCGUCGCGGUUACGUCCGGUGAUUUCGAUCCCGAAUGUUAGAUCCGGCUGUGGAUUAUCGCUUUGCUAACGGUUACUGCUAGAUUUCGAUUGCACUUUAGGUGUCUGGCGUAUAUGGUACCCACAAGCCUUUUCCGGUUUUCAAAUUGGAUCUCAACUUUCCAGAUCUUGGGGACGAUGGCUACAUUGCGUUCUAUUGUGAUUCUGAGACUUUUCGGCUCCUUACAGUAUGGGAUCGGUAUGUUGCUGAUUUGGACUGGACGGUCGGGUACUCGGUGGUGGGAGUUGCAGAAGUGUAAAUAUAGCUUUUCUGGAUUGAAAUCUGGAAACCUACCGAUACAGCCCAUCGUGAAACGGGACUUACUGCUGUUUUCAAUUCUUGUUCGGCCUUUGGUCUUUCCAGUGACUGCCAGUAGGAUGUCGUCGUCGUAUAGGAAUAUGUAGACUUCAGGUGGUAGGUAGCCGAAGAUGGAUUGCAUGCUGAUUACAAAAAAGGUGCUGGCCAAGAUGGAUUCCUGGAGUACCCCGUUCUCCUCGGUGAAGAGGUCGGAUGCGCUUCCUCCAAUUCCGACCCAGAAUUUCCGGUUAUGAAGGAAUAGUUGUGUGUAGUUGCCGUGUUUGCCCCAGCGGUCGAGUUUUUGGAUGACUACUUGCCGCCAUACUGCAUUAUAAGCCUUAUCGAUGCCCAAGGCGGUAAUGUCAACGUAUAGGCCGUCAUUUGUUGUCUGGCCUAAGAACUCGCUGAGGGAUGUAAGAUAGGACCUGGUGUCUUUUCCUUUCGGAAAUACGUGUUGUCUGUUAUCUAGUAGUUGCCACUCUUCAAGGAUUGCAGUAAGACAUCUAUUGGCUAUUCCCUCCAGUAUUUUGGCUAUACAGGGGAGGAGGCUGAUUGUCUGAAGUCCUUGGGCGUUCGUGUCCUAUGAGUCAUUUUGGGAAUUAGUGUAACUAAUGCAGUCUGCAAGGAGUCUGUAACCGGUGCAUUAGUCCCAUAUUCGCCGUUUCCCACAGAGGGCUAUAACUCUUCGCCAGAUUUCCUCUGUGGGAGAGCUGAAGUGUAUUCCGUACAGAAAGUUGCUCAAACUUGCUGCCUUGGCAUUGAUGAAAGCUUUCCUUUUCCAGGUCACCUCGCGGCACCACCAGUAGACGGACCCUCUGGUACGAGGAAUACUGGAUUGGACGGAGUCGAAUAUCACAUCAGCUUGUUCGUCCGGUGUGUAGUCCUUAUGGGGUCGAACUUCUGCAUAAAGGGGCCCAGUUGUCUUCACAGUGCCGGCGGGAUAUUGCCGGGAUAUGAAUUUGUGUGUAAUCAGAAUAGGGUGGUGAUCGCAGUUGCAUUAAUGUCUGGGAGUACUGAUCUGAAGCUAUCGGAGACGAGGGUGAUGGAGCAUAUUGAUACAUCGCAAACGGAUAGUAUCUGUCCUCUGGUGAAUGUUGGGCUCCUAUCGUCGUUCUAAACUGUUUUCGUGGUGUGGUUUCCGCGAAGGUUGGGUCGCUGUGCCAUCCAGGCUAAGUGAUGGGCAUUCAGAUCUUCCAUUAUCCGGCAUGGAGGCGGGAUUUCACGGAUCGGUUCUUCGAGUUUCUUGUCAAUUCUUCGGGCAACUGCCAGUAGUUCGGUGUCAAGCUGGAUUUGUUCCUUAUGAAUGUCAGCACGAAUUCGAUCGUUUGGAAAAUGUUUCUUACGGCCCGUAAUUCCCAUAAGCAUCAGUUUCCUAGCCAGGUGGAGAUUGAAUUGUUAAGGCGAUGAGAUUGUGACGAGUAAUGGUAGCCUGAAGGUCUCCGAGAUUCUACCUUAGUCCGUUGGUUAGUGACGCCGUGCCUAGUUAGUUCGGAGGCAAGGUUGGGGCUAUCGGACAGAUAGGAAUCGAUGCUGAAGUAAUUGUUCUUGUUGAGUUGUUCCUCGGUUUAGUGCUCGAUUAGAUGGGUGGAUAGCCCUUCGGGUGACCGCGAAGGGUAUGACCAGGGGACAGAGUCGGUUCAGGGGAGAAGGUUUUUCCCUAACAGUGCUGCUUUAUAUUUCAGGUUUUGGUUUUUUCUGUUGUUGUUGUAGUUGUUGUUGACGAAUUGUCUUUCAAGUGGGCGUAGAGGGUAUGGAAAAGCAUCGGAAGGGGUUGAAUUGGCGAUUCUUGUGCGUUGCGUUGCGGAUGGGGUUUGGAAACGUUUACCAGAAUGUGUGGCCAGCCAGGCAUCGGCGGUUGGUUCCUUCACUGGAAAGGGGUUGGGAGCACUGAUCUGUUCUUGUAUGGUAGUAGGGCCUCUAGCACCAGCAGCCGCCGAAGUCUCGUCGAUAGGAACCGGUACAUUCGCGAUUGGGGCUAGUGCAGGGGAAGAGGACUUUUCCUAACGUUUCUGCAUUUGGUAUUCGCUGUUAAGGGUUGGGGUCAGAAUGGGCGAGUUUGUUUGUUGCCUGUGGCAUUUUUUCGUCCGCGAACAUAUUUCAAAUCCAUAAAAAAGGAAAUUGCGAGACAUGAAUGACUAUCGUGGAAUAGCUUUAUUGAGCGCUUUCUCGAGCUGGUGAUUAUGGAACCACGUCAGGGUCAAUGCAAGCAGUACCUAAUCCACGAUUAAUAUGACUUCACAGCUGGACGCUAAACAGCGACUAAUCUGUCGAGUAUAGUAUCCUGCAUAACAGAAUAUGGAAUGUCGCGCUCAAACUGUUAGAAUUUAUACCACCCUAUCCGCCAUUUGUCAUAUAACAAUCGAUAAAAUAGAGAAAUUGAGAAUUAACGAUAGGUUUUGCAGAUGUCUCGACUCUUGCUCUCAGAUCGAGAGAUAAUAUUUGUCAUUGGAGAUUGCCAGGUGUUUAUUUUUACAUCAGGAAUAAUGCAGUGAAACUACUUGGGACCGUUGAGGUUUCUGCUUUACUUCAAUGACGUGUAUUUAGUGUUGCUAACUUCUCUCCGAUUCUACACAAACGAUCUCAAAAUAUUGAUCGUUUUGAGAACUAAAUAUGUAUUCUAAUCGUUGAUUGACAGUUGAAUUAGUCCGGUUGUCUGUGAGCUUGUUGUUUAAAACGACACAAAAAUAGUACGUUUGUAAACACAGAGUAUCCAUAUUCGCAAAAGGAAAAGAAAACAUCGCGCCUACGAGCGUUCGAAGCAAAACCACAGACAAACAGGCAUAAUACUCUUUGCUUCGUUAACCAACAACAAAGUUGAACUACGUAAUAAAUUGAAUAGGACUUUUAAGUUGAACAAAAAUCUUGACAGGCAGAUGCUCUCCAGGUAGUAUCGAAAAAUUAAUAUUUGAGUUAAAGAGCAUUCAUUGGGAAUAUUAUGUCUGUUCGUCUGAACCAAAAUUAUAGAUACGAUAACAGAAUAGUAUUAUAAGAAAGCUUUCUGCUGUAAUGGACCAAUGGGUUGGUGAUAUUAGUGCAGUUACCCCGAUCUGGCAAGUUAAAUUACAUAAAUAAAAAAAAUAAGUGAAAAGAAAAUAUAAUGUGAUUAAUUGUAUUAUUCAUGAUACAUUGUUAAAUCUUCCCGUAUCAUCCGAAUUAAUUCUACACAAAACAGAUUAACAAAUGCUGCAACUGAGAACAGUUCUCAUUCCCGCUAAACCCCAGUUUUUAUUUAUUUGCAUUAAACAUGUAAUCACGAAAUAGUAACAGGUUCAGCUCAUGGAAAUAUGAAAUAACAUUUACUUUCCUCAGUCAAAACAUUACCCAGUCCUACGUUCCGCAAAUAGUGCCAUAGCCAUCAACAAUCAACACAAAAUCAACAUAUCACAUUCUCAACCCAACACCUCUCACACCGGGGAGAAUACACAACCCGCGUAAAUUCCCCGUAGAUACAAUCUGAACAGUAAAAUAUUGACGGAAAGGUGAGCGAACCGCGUUGCUUUUUUUAUGUCCCUCAUGUUUUGACGACUUCUGUUCGCCAACAUUCCAUAAACAGACAUUCACGAUAAUCAAGCAAAUGGUGUUUUUAUUCAUGUGCAAUAUGCUGUUCAAAUGAAACCAAACAAAACGAUAGUAUAUGUAGUCGUCGGGAAACAGUCGAUCAAAACGUCAGCGCCUAUAUUUACGAACUAAAUAACUGAUAAACUAGAUCGUAUAUUCUUGUAAAACUGUACUGUGUUUAACCAAUGCUAUAGAGAAAACGAUAAUCACACAAAGGGUGGUACAUUGAUAUUUUACUAAUAAUAUUGUCUGACAGGCUCAACUAAAAUAUUGCAAAAAAUAUCUUCUGAAAAUGAAAGGUUUUGACUUCAACUCAUGAAUCAAUACUAAAUGGAAAAAGUUGGUAUUUAUCAAUAUCCUAAUAAUACUAGAAACCGAAGAAAUUACAUACUAAAGAAAUUGAUUUUAACUUAUACUAGCAUAACUUAUUGGAAUUGUAGCGUUAGAGAAGAUAUGUAAAAAAAACUAUUGAUGCAAAAGUCAACCAACUGAUCAUUAAUAACUAUAAUAAAGUCUUUGUAUUUAUUCAAA